UGUGCAGCACGGGACAGGGAUCCUUGGGAGCCGGCAGUUUCAUGUGUUACACCACACUGUGCGCACGAAAUCGCGGCGCAACGUUAUCCUUGAAGUACAGGCGGCCGUUUCGUUACUCGGUUACGGUGUGACGUGGGCGAUCUUUUCUCUGUCAAAAUUGAGAGGACCUGUGCACAGCAAGCAGUGUGUCAGUGUGUGAUUUUGCUGUUGCCGAUGACGACGGGAGAAAUCUCUCAUGGUGACCUGACGAUGGGCGAACACGCUGCUGCGGACCACUCGUGAGUCUUUGGCUACGGCGAGAACGAGAGUAUUCGGGCGGAACGAAAGCGCAGGUCAGAGGACAACGAAAACAUGGGCGUGGAAACAGCUGACACCGGGGGUGGCUUGAGGCCGGAAGUUCGCGGUCGCGGCCGGAAAUUGGAGCUCGGAAAUAUGGAGCGAGGACUGCACGAGCGUGAUCGGGUCGGAGUUCAGGACUUCGUUCUUCUGGAGGAUUUUCAGAGCGAGUCAGCUUUUAUCGACAACUUGCGCAAGCGAUUCAACGAGGAUCUCAUUUACACGUACAUCGGCCAGGUACUGGUGUCGGUGAAUCCGUACAAGAAACUACCUAUCUACACUCCGGAAAUAAUCCAGUACUAUCACAGAAGGAACUUUUUCGAGGCGCCUCCUCACAUCUUCGCUCUCGCGGACACCGCUUAUCAGUCCUUAUCUAAGGAGAAUCGCGACCAAUGUAUUCUGAUUUCAGGCGAAUCCGGGUCAGGGAAAACGGAAGCGUCCAAAAAGGUCUUGGAAUUUAUCGCGGCGGCCACCGGACACAAGAAGCAAGUGGAGGAAGUGAAUGACAAAUUGAUCGGCAGCAAUCCCGUGUUGGAGGCAUUCGGUAACGCGAAGACCAACCGCAAUGACAAUUCCUCCCGUUUCGGCAAAUACAUGGACGUUCAAUUCAAUUUCCAGGGAGAUCCGGUGGGUGGAAAUAUCCUGAAUUACCUGUUGGAAAAGUCCCGAGUAGUUCAUCAGUCGGCUGGUGAGCGCAAUUUUCAUAUCUUCUAUCAGCUUUUGGGAGGCGCGGACGACGACACGUUGAGAAGAUUAUUCCUGAAACGAAACCUGGACACUUUCUUCUACCUGAGCAACGGGACGAAAGGCACAGUAGACACCAUCGAUGAUGCCAAUCAGUACAAGGAGGUUAUCAAGGCAAUGAGAACAAUGGAGAUGUCUCAGCAAGAACAGGACGAUCUCUUUGCCAUAGUCGCAUCAGUGCUGCAUAUGGGCAACGUGGGCUUCACGGAGGAGGACGGUGUCGCGACAAUCCUGAAACCCGCGUCGGUCGACGCCGUUGCUACAUUAUUAGGAUGCGAUGUAAAGCGACUGGCGAAGGCGUUCACUCAUCGUACCAUAAAUGCUCAGAGCGACGUCGUGGUUUCACCUUUGAAUAGAGAAUUAGCUAUCUAUGCACGAGACGCUCUAGCCAAGGCUGUGUAUGACAGAAUAUUCACCUGGCUCGUGACCAGACUCAAUAAGUCACUGCAACCUCUUAACAACCCCCAACGUAAAAUGGUUAUGGGCAUUUUAGAUAUUUACGGCUUCGAGAUCUUCCAAAAGAACAGCUUUGAGCAAUUCUGCAUCAAUUUCUGCAAUGAAAAACUUCAACAGUUGUUCAUCCAGCUGACGCUGAAGUCGGAGCAAGAGGAAUACCUGCGCGAAGGGAUAGCGUGGGAGAAUAUAAAGUACUUUAACAAUAAAGUCAUCUGCGACUUGAUCGAGGAAAAGUAUAAAGGAAUGAUAUCAUUGUUGGACGAGGAGUGUCUGCGACCUGGUGAGCCGACCGACCUGAGCUUUCUGGAGAAAUUAAAUGUACAUCUGAGCAAUCAUCCUCAUUACAUCAGUCAUCAGAAAGCGGACAUACAAACGCAGAAAAUUAUGGGCCGAGACGAAUUUAGAUUAAUACAUUACGCCGGUGACGUGACUUAUAACGUACGUGGAUUUCUCGAAAAGAAUAAUGACCUACUGUUUCGGGAUUUACGCGAAGUUAUGUCGCAUACGACGAAUUCCAUCACAAAGAAUGUGUUCGACGUGAAAGAUUUAACCAGCAAGAAACGCCCAGAGACUGCAGUGACACAAUUCAAAAAUAGCUUGAACAAUUUGGUCGAGAUCCUCAUGGGCAAAGAACCGUCUUACAUUCGUUGCAUCAAACCCAACGACUUUAAGAUGCCCCAUCAAUUCAAUGAGAAGAUCGUUCUGCAUCAGGUCAAAUAUCUAGGCUUGAUGGAAAAUCUGCGAGUUAGACGCGCUGGUUUCGCGUAUAGAAGACCGUAUGAACAAUUCCUGCAGCGUUACAAGUGCCUCUCCUCGGAAACAUGGCCGAAUUAUCAUGGGCCGGCAAAGCAAGGCGUACAGAUGCUUGUACGUCAUCUUGGCUACGAGGAAGACGAGUAUAGGAUGGGCAACACGAAAUUGUUUAUCCGAUUCCCUAAGACGUUAUUCAACACAGAAGAUGCGUUCCAAAUGAAGAAGCACGAAAUAGCUGCCAUCAUUCAGAGCAAGUGGAAGUGUAUAUUAGCACGAAGGAGAUAUUUGAAGAUGCGGGAGGCGGCAAUUGUCUUCCAGAAAUACAUUCGCAGAUGGCACGCAAAACGCACAGCAAAAAAACGGCGAGACGCGGUUGUCACUAUCCGCAGAUUUAUCCAAGGAUUCAUUACUCGAGACGGGCCUCCUACCAAGAUCAAUAUAGCCUUCAUCGAAUUGGCAAAAUCGCAAUGGCUCAUUAGACUCUCUAAAGCAUUGCCACCGGGUGUCUUGAACAACUACUGGCCACUAUGUCCAUAUUCCUGCCGAGAGGCGUCUGAACAUCUGCGCGUAAUGCACAAGAGGUGGAAGGGCCGUUGUUAUCGACUGGCGUUGAGUAAGGAGGAUAAGAUGCACUUCGAAUUGAAGAUCCUCGCGGAAUCAUUAUUCAAAGGCAAGAAGAAAUCUUACGCAAAGAGCUUAGGCCCGAGAUUCGAGUCCGAUCGUCUCGGCGAGGAGCAUAAAGCUCUGCGACAGAGCCUCACCACUAAUAUUUUAACUUUGGAGGAAAGUAUAAAGUACGCCACUCCUGUUAUCAAGUAUGAUCGGCACGGUUAUAAGCCGCGCGAGAGAGUACUUAUUCUAACACAGAACGCCGUGUACAUCCUUGAUACGCUUAAAACGUUCAAACUUAAGCAUCGUCUGCCUUACAAAGCUAUCGAGGAGCUGGUCGUCACUGGGGAAUCCGACAAUUUACUCAUCGUCAGGAUACCACCCGAAUUAAAAAAGGACAAGGGCGAUUUAAUCUUGGAAGUUCCGCACAUCAUAGAAGCUUUAACGAAGGCAAUCGAUAUUACCAGCAAUCCGAAUAUUCUCAAAAUCGUCAAUACCGAAUCUGUAUCCCACAAGCUAGUCAGUGGUAAAGAGGGAGUCAUCGAGUUCAAAACCGGCACAACCCCGGCGAUCAGUAAGAAUCGACAGAGCGGACACUUAUUAGUGGUCGCUUCUCCGUAAUACCACAGAAGAUCUUUCAAGGGAGCAAGAAACUGUGCGAAAUGAGCAAUUGAAGCAAGUGCUAUGACGCCUAGAGCAGCCUUAAUCCAAUGUGAUUUAGUACAGAAGCGACAGAGUUUAAGAAGAGAUAAUAUAUAAAACUUUAAUACAUAUGUUAAACUACCACGUCAGUUUGAUACUUUAUUAAAUAAUAGUUGAUUGUUUAACUAAUUUAAUUCGUGAAAUAAGUGGGUCUGGUCGUUUCAGUCGUGUUAUCUCACUCUUUUUCCCUACAUUUGACGAAAUUUAAUUAAUUUAUUCGGAAAGGAAAGAAAACGUGAGAAAAACAAAAAAGCAAACGAUAAAGGCUGUGUUCCAACAUCCAUUGUUAGUACUAAAGUUUAUAGUUCAUGUUACGUACACAAUAAAUUUUCAGUACUGGCGGUGAAUAUCGGAAUGCAAUUGCAGAAAGCGAAAGAAGAAAUAUAGACCGAAACAAGCAGACCUAGUGUUCGUAAUAACGAAUAGAUUGAACAAAUGUGCCUUGAACUCUCUACUGCCUGAGCUAUUUAUUAAAGGUUUAGGAUCAUUCAUUUUUUUUUCUUCAUUUUUAUCUUUCGUUACUUCUAACUUUAAGGGGGUCAUCCCGUGUGACGGCUUCAAAAAAUCGAUUUUUUUUUUGCAUAAAUCUAAUCUAGAGCUAUUUCUAACGCGUUUUUCUCAAAACUGGAUUUUUUAAACUGGUGCAACUGGUGCCCAUGAUUUUUCGAAAACGGUUCAAUGGAUUUAAAUAAAAUUUUAAUGGUAGAUUCAGCACAUGUGUGGCUAUCGUGGGAACUAGGAUUUUUUUUGAAAAUAUUAAAAAUUCAAUUUUUCGCAUGCUUUUAAAAAUUAUAACUCAAAAUAGAAUGAUUUUUUCCGACUAUUUUUUAUGCGGACAGAAAACGGUUCAAUAUUUUUUUUAAAUUCUAGUUCCCACGAUAGCCACACAUGUGCUGAAUCUUCCAUUAAAAUUUUAUUUAAAUCCAUUGAACCGUUUUCGAAAAAUGGGCACCAGUUAAAAAAAUCCUUUGCCAAAAUUACUUUGCCAGUAUAUUCUAUGCAUGCUCUAGAUUAGAUUUAUGCAAAAAAAAAUCGAUUUUUUGAAGCCGUCACACGGGAUGACCUCCUUAAGGUUUCGAUUAUCGAUUAUCCUUUCAACUUUUACAUUUAAAGAUGUUUUAACUUAUAUGUAUAUAAAAAUGUGAAAUAAGAUAAAUCUACUAUAAACUGUACUGGGCAGUAGAGGGUAGAAAGAUUUCGUAUCAUCUUUGCAGCGUGUAAGAUUAUAACAAAGUUUUAGAAAGAAACAAAAGUGCCAUAGGGCCUCCUGUACAAUAUUAUUCGUGUGAAACAUCGGUAGGCUGUAAAGUAGGUGACAACUGAUUGAUAUUUAUUCUAAUAGAGGAUAAAAGUUGAAGGAGUUUACUUGUGAAUAAGUUAUAUGCAUUAUUCAAAUAUGACCUAAAUUUUAGAUAACACGAGCACAAUAAAUGCAGAAGCAAAUCUC